AUGGAAUAUGAGUACUUGAAGAGAUGGUUCGGAUUGCUGACUGAACAAAACCGAAGGCUUCAAUGGGAAGUGGAGGAGCUCCGGGAGAUGAAAGUAGCAUCGCCGACAGUGAUAUCACCUCACAGUUGUGAGCCUCUACCGGCGUCGACCCUUACAAUGUGUCCUCGGUGUGAGAGUGUGCCUAUAACUACAACAGCUGCCCUUGACAAGGGUUCCACAAAAAUGACUGUAGCUGCCACCACCGGCACCACUGCCGCUGCAUUGUCGUCUAAAGUUGGGACACAAGCCCUCCAAUCAAGGCCAUCUUCGGCGGCUUGUUAG